CCCGCCUCUUCCGGUCCCGGCCGCAGCCAUUUUGUGAGCGCGACGGGAGCCGGAGUUCCUCGGGAGCGCCGUCGCCGCCUUCGCCGGGAAGGAGGAAGCCCUGCCGCGGGGCCCUCGCCCUCGCCUCGCCCCGCCGCCAUGCCCUCCUCGCCGCUCCGGGUGGCCGUGGUUUGCUCCAGCAACCAGAACCGCAGCAUGGAGGCCCACAACAUCCUCAGUAAACGUGGUUUCAGCGUUCGCUCCUUUGGCACUGGGACUCAUGUGAAACUGCCAGGACCAGCGCCGGACAAGCCAAACGUUUACGAUUUCAAAACAACAUACGAUCAGAUGUACAGUGACCUGCUUAGGAAAGACAAGGAACUCUAUACACAGAACGGGAUUUUACACAUGUUGGACAGAAACAAGCGGAUCAAGCCCCGGCCGGAGAGAUUCCAGAACUGUAAAGAUGUAUUCGACUUGAUCUUGACUUGCGAAGAAAGAGUCUACGAUCAAGUAAUAGAAGAUUUAAAUUCUAGGGAACAGGAAACGUGCCAGCCUGUACACGUGAUAAAUGUGGACAUUCAGGAUAAUCAUGAGGAAGCAACACUGGGCGCUUUCCUUAUCUGUGAACUAUGCCAAUGUAUACAACAUACGGAAGAUAUGGAAAAUGAAAUAGAUGAGCUGCUACAAGAAUUUGAAGAAAAAAGUGGAAGGACUUUCCUGCACACGGUCUGCUUUUAUUGAAAGCACACCUAUCUCCUCCUCUAGGCCUUACUGCAGACAAAAGAAGCAUGUGUCAGUUCAGACUUGACUGGACCUUUCUCCCCUCCUCUUGGAGACUGAACUUUACAACCAAUUUCAUUGUCGCUGUUUCAUUUUAUUUCCCUGCUGCGUAUUUCUCGGAGGGGGAAAAAAAUAUUUUUUGUGAGUGGGAAGAGGGGAAUGUUUCUGAACCUUUACCUAUAAAAAAGAAAGACAUUCUUAUUCCCGAAGCUGCUUUAUUUAAGAGAUGUUUUUUAAUCAAAGAUUUUUUAAACCCUUUCCUUCUCCCUCCCUUGCUUCUGAUACCCCACUCGAAUUGGUUUUCAUAGGGCUUUAAUUGUAAAAGAGAAUUUCGAAAAUGAUAUCAGUACUUAUUUCCAGUGUAAAGAACGUAUCUAAGUUGUUUGUGGGAUUUUUUUUUAUUUGUUUUCGGUUGCAGGGGGAAAGGGAGAUGCUUUUCUUUCAACGGAAUAGACCGAAUGGCUGGGAUAUACAAAGGUAUGAAUGGGAUAAUGAAUAUCUGUAUAAUAUUAGGAAUGAAACAGGAAUUGUCCAAUAAAUAUAACUGCCUCAA